CAAAACAUCAACCUUUUCACCGCUUCACAUAUCUCAACUCUCACAUUUUUCAUUUUUGCCCUAAUUCUCCGUACAGAAACCGAUCGGCGAACGAUCGGAGAUAGAUCGGCGACCUAGGGUUUAGUUUGACUGCAAUUCGGAUCGGUGAAAUGGCUAAAGUAGCAACUCUAGGACCAAUGAUGCCACCGGCGGCGAAGUCUGCUCUGUUUUCCGGUGGUGUUGACGGUGGAUCGAGUGGCGGUUCAUUGAAAGGAGUCCGUGGAGUCAAAAGGAAGACGCCUUCUGAGUUGAGAAGUGAGCAGUUGAAGCGCAAGAACAUUGUUGAGCUAACGGAUGAAUCUCCGGCACCUGAGCUUGGUUCCAUGCGAACUGCUAAUGUAGUAACAUCUGAACCUUUAAAACCUAUUUUAUCAAGAAAUCCCAGAUACAUCAACACUCGUGUGGAUGAACUGUUUCCUAGUAGGAAAAGUAGUCUGAGGCUUAAAAUGCAAUCUGGAAAAGAAAAUGUUAAGGAAAACAUCACUGCUGAUCACACUGAUUGCUUAAAGAAUUCUUCUUUUUCUUCAAAGCUUGCUGCUGAUAGGCAACCGCAGUGUUCAGGCCCAAAGGAUACACGUGCUUCAACUAAAACUGCACAAUCUCACAUCACAACCAAAAAGUGUAGCAUAAGCACGUUUCGUAGUGUUAUGGACCUGUCAACAGGGGGUGAAAAAUCAUCCGGCUUUUCUCUAGAUAUGGAUGAGGCUUUCAAAGGUCUUGCAGCUCGUCCACCUACCAACAUCUCGACUGCACCUACUGAAUCUUUUGAUGGAAAAACAAAUUCCACAUCAGCAAAUUUUUGCUCAGAGUUUAAUAUAUCUGGCCAUAAAAUUCCACUGGAUUUCACAUUGAAAACUAGCAUGCGUGUGGUUGCUUCAUCCUCAGUUAAUUGGUUUCACCGGAUGAUGAACGAUCACACAUUCAAUGGCUCAACUGCCCAAAUUUCCAAUACAAAAGCUUUGUAUUCUUGGGUGUACCCUCAGAGUACUUUACCUCCUUCUGUCAUAUCUGCAUUAACUUUAUCUUCAAAAGGGGAAGGUCAAACUGAUUUCUUGACCAAACGUCAACUGGCAUGGGAGACCUCAUUUCGUAGUCUUUAUGUCUUGUUACGGAAGAAUAUUUGUAACUUAUUUUAUGUCUGCACAGGACAGUUUGUGGCAAUGUUUACUAACAGCAAUACUUCAACUGAAAGUAAAACUAUCUGCAAUGCUUACGUAUCCCAAUCAACAAGAAACUUGAGGUCACUGUUAAAAGAACAAGACAUCUCUUUUAGUAUGCCUCUGUGCCAUUCUAAAGUGGAGCAAGUAACUACAGAAGACCUCUUUGAGCUCUCAGAGAUUGAAAAGCACAACCUGGGAAUGACUAGGCGUACGGUUUCUCUCUCGGAUGUGGAUAAUACCCCAGAAUCUUUAUUGGUGUUUAGCGAUAAUGAUGUACACGGGUUAUAUGACUUUCUUCUUAAUUACAGGUUUCUUUUACCAUCUCUGAAUAUUCUAGAUGUUCCUUUACUUUAUUCACCAGUACCAUUUGAAAAUGCUGCUGUUUCUGCACCAGAGGUUAAAUGCAAGGAGGUGAGGAAAAUUGAUCAUGUAUCCGCUUUAACUACAAAUCAACCUAACCAUGGCUCAGCUUCUAUUUCCCAUUACGCAAUUGAAAUCAAGGAUGCGUAUCUUCCUCCAUGGUUAACCAGCAGUGUAUGUGAUACACUAAGGUCCAAUGGUGAUAAUAGCUUUGAGGCAAACUUUGUGAUUGAACCCAUGUCAAUCGGUUUGAACGUUGGUCUGGACACGCUUAGCGAGAAGUUCGAGCACAAAGACACACUGGUUGCAGGGUUACAUGACCCAAGUUGCCCGUUUGGUGUCAGAAACACCGUUGUUUCCCAUCAUCUAAGCCAUGGCUUUUUGAAAGGCUUAAAAUACUCCGAUGAUUCUUACGACGUUUCUCUCUCACCAGUUUGAAGUUAUUUUGUUGCAAAAAAUGUGUGCAUGUUUGCAUUCCUUAAACUUAACUUAUAUCCAACAUUGCAGUUGGAUCAACAUUUUCUAAUUUAAUGUAACUUGGUUUAUAUUGUUCUUGGCGUUAA